AUGGCGCUCGAGCGGGUGGAUGUUGACGUCCUCAUGCCCACGCCGCCCCCGCUGCCGGAGGGCGGCGUGCAGCUCAAGUUGCCGCUGUCGCUGCUCGGGCUCCGCGGGCUCAACAACCUCGGCCAGACGUGCUUCAUGAAUUGCAUCCUCCAGAUCCUCGUGCACUGCCCGCCGGUCGCUCGCUUCUUCCUCUCGGACCGCCACAACCGGCACGUCUGCCAGAUGCGGCGGCGGCAGGCGCAGAGCGACAGCGGCGGCGACGGCCCCCUCAAGCCGUGCCUCGGCUGCGAGAUGGACGCCAUCUUUGCGGCGUGCUUCUCCGGCACGCAGGCGCCGCUGUCGCCGCACACGUUCAUCCACGCGAUGUGGUGCUCGUCGGAGCACUUUGCCGGCUACGAGCAGCACGACGCGCACGAGUUCCUCGUCGCCCUCCUCGCCGGCAUCUACAGCGCCAUGCGCCAGCCGUCCUGCCUGCCGCCGCCGCCGCCGGUGCCGGGGCCUCCCACGGGCUGGCGUAGGCCCGCCGCCGCCGAGCACCUGUACGACUUGCACGCGUCGUGGUUCCACUGUGACGACGCCUCCGUCACGCCGGCGACGCCAAAGGCGGUGCGCUCCUGCAAGGCAUACCUCCUCUUCUACAUCCGAAAGGCCGUGAGCUGA